UGAUAAUUGCAUUCCUGUAUUUUUGAAAGGAAUUAUUCAAAUAAUAUAUGGAGUUACUAAUUAUCAAUUUAUAAUGACACAUAAAGAAGUAGUGAGCCGUAAGUUAUAGAUUUUACAUUAAUAUAAGUAAAGUAAUUUUAAUACAGAAACAUAUGCAGAGACCACUUGCAUUGUGCAUGGUGAAAAGACGAGAUAUAAAAUGUCCAGUGUACAAGCUGCUUGUACAGUUACUACGUGCGAAAAUAUCGACAUAAAAAAUUCCUCAAAGUACACAAAACAAUAUAAUAAUAAGAAAAAUGAUUGGAUUUCAGACUGCAAGAUAAUGACUGGACAUAAGAAGACGGGAGAAAUGAUGUGUUCUUAUAACUAUAAAUAUUUUCGGCGACCGAUUAUGCCAUUUUUGACACCAAAAACGCAAAAUGUAGAAAUUCCGGAACGUUUCAAUCAUGAUAUUCUUAAUGACGUAGUGAGAACUGCGCAAAAACAGUGUUAUGAAUUUUUAUCGAAAUCAGAACCAUACAGAAAUAUAGGAACCCAAACAGAUUACAGGGAUAGCGAUACACAAACUGUUCCAUGGGAACCUCCAUAUAGGAUUAAAAAAGGUCACAAUCCUGAAGUAUUAACAAUAGCACAUUUAAGCUGGAAUCAAGGAUUACCACCAGGACUUCAUGAGCUGGAAGUUAUUAAUAGAAUGAGAAUGAAGAAAAAAUGGGAAGAAGUUCUUCCUCCUAUGGAUAAACCUGCCAAUAUAAAACUGCGAACAGCUAUUCUAACAGCAAUUGAAGUAGACGAAUGGGCAUUUAGAGAAGCAGAGAUUCAGGCUAUAAUGGAUUAUAGACUCCAAUUGAUGGAUGAAAUAACAAAAUCUCAUGAAGCUGAGAAAGAAGAGAAAAUACAAGGUCGUUUUCAUCGAUUAAAAGAUUUUUUGUCUAAACGUAGAGACAAACACAUACAUUCUAUUCGGCACAACCUUAGAAGAGAGUUGAGGAAACUUCAGAGAAAGCAUUUUGAAAAAUCUCAUCCUGUUGAACGUGAUAUCAUUAAGGAACAUGCUGACCCAGCAUCUGAGGUGUAUGCACCACAAAUGCGGUAUGGUGAAGAUCCAAAAAGAAGACACGAAGUGAUUCAAAAGAAGUUAUUGAAAAAAAGCACUGAUGAAGAUGCAGAAAAAAUAAAUGUAUUACCAAGUUGUAUGCCAACGCUCGAUGAAUUAAAGUUACUCACACCAAAGCCUAAAUCAUUUGAAAUGUGUGUUAGAGAAACAAGAUGGACAGAAGGAAAGUUGAAAAAAUUAUACAAUGAUUUGAGACAGAUAAGGCUAAAAACAGAGCACACAGAGACACCAACAUUAUUAAAGCGCAAGUAUAGACCACCGUCUUUGCCUCCAACACCAUAUAAAAUGUAUACAGAAGAUGAACAAGACAUGCACUUGCAUCAAUUAUCUACUCUUAUUCAAAAAAUAGUUAGAGGAAGAGCGAUUCAAUGCAUGAUGUUUGAAGGACGCAAUAGAUGUAGAGAAUUGAUUGAAGAAUUGCAGUCAUCUCACGGAAUAGAGGAGGAAACUAAAAAGCAACGACACAGCGAGAAACAGCAUGCAAUAGACUUAUUACGUUUACAAAAUGAGAGAUUCGUUCAAGAGGAUCGUUUAUGUGAAAUUCUUGAUUCAUUGGAAGGAAUGUCUCUCUCAGCAGUAUUGAAUUUCCUCAGCAAAGAACUAUUAAGAUUGGAAGAUGAACGUCGAAUACAUGCUUUUGCCUUAUUAGCUGAGAGAGAAAGAGCCAUGAGAGAGGCUGCAGAAGCUGGAAGACGCCAGUUGGAACGCAAUCGACGAAGAGAAUUCGAUGAAAUGUUCAGACAAAUUAUAAAAGUUCAUCAAGAUUCCGUGGAAGUUUAUUUAGAGGAUGUUAUUAAAGAAGGAAUCGAAUGGGUGUCCGAUGAGGCAGCCAAAGAAUAUAUUAACAGCUUGUGUGAUAAAGUUGAUAGUGUUGCAAAGCAUGCACAUUACAAGUAAUGCAUAAGAAAAUAAAAAUCUUCAGAAUAUUAUUAAAUAAUUUUUAUUAAAUAUUUUAGUGCAUCAAGAAUAGCAGAAGAAGAACUGGUAGCAAAUAUGAUUUAUAACUUUGUGUUACCAGAAGUGGAAAGAAAUACUGUACGAAAAAAUAUAAGAUUACAACAACAAAGCUAUCUGCAACAAGCACACGCAUCUAUUUACGACGAAAUAGUUCGUUUACAACCUAUUGAUAUUACUCAUAUACCUAAUGAUGUAACAGAUACAGUACAUAAUGAAGUCUCCAAGAAAUUGUGUGUUAAACCGAGUUUAAUCGAUUUGACGGACACGGAUAAUCUUGUAAUAAACUUUUUUCCCAAAUAUCUUAUUUAUAAUUACAGGCAGUUAAUAUUAUACGGACCUUUUCAGCUUGAAAUCUCUACAUUAAAUUCCGCUACAGAAGUACAAUAACAAUCUUUAAAUAUAAUUCUUGGAAAGAUAACGAAUCAA